UCGAGAUCCUACAGAUUCAGAGCUGAAAUUAGAUUUUCAUUAAUCAGAGUGUGGAAGGAUGGUAUAAAAACCCCACCUCACUCUUCGGGCUGGAGUCCUAAUUACUCCAAGUACUUGCUUACAUUAAGAUUCCAAACCCGUAUUUCCAAAGCAACCUAAUCACAAACCUCAACAUGCUUCUUACUCUUCUUCUUACAAUCACAGCCUUUUCAGGUAUCGUCACUUCAGCUCCAGCAGCUCUGGAGCCUCGAGUGAUCCCAGGAGUGACAUGGACUGUCAAAUCAUUCACAAGAAUCUGUGGCACACCCUACAAUAAUGGCAUCUUAAUCUGCGAUUACCAAUUCACGAUCUCCUCAUCACCAUUGAAACCCGACUUCGCAUGCCGCAUUUCCGAUACAGGCAUUUCAGCUGCACCUCUCCCAUCUAGUCCAGUGUACAAUUCAUUCUACUCGAUCGGGUGUAAUGCACAUACGGGCGUGGAUGGCGGAUGGGUUAUAUCUUGGGGGUAUAACUCGGUUUAUGAUUUUGCUGUGGUACGUUGACGUUGUUUCGGUCUUAAUCCUUUGAGGCUUGAGCGCCUGUUACUUCUUGACUACUUAUGGACCUCCGAGCCUUCUGGGAAGGUUGAGAUAGUUGCUGACUCGGUCGUUGUAUAUAGAUGACUGUAGUGAACAGAGACCUGCAGCAGGAUGCCUGGUUUGGCUGGAAUGAUGUUAGUAAGAACUCCAAGUUUGCUGACGUUGGGCCCAAUCUCGUUUAUGCUCUUGGGACUUUCACCUGAUUGGGGAGGGCAGCAAAUACUUCUAACUCUUUGUAUCUGGCGGGGACAGGCAUAUCAACAACUUAUCAUUAUGCACUCAGAAACAGUCUAGCAGACUUUCACAAGCAUUUGCAUU